GACGUCGCAUAUAUUUGCCCUCUCUUUGGGAACGGCUUUUACGGUAUUCGGAAAGUCAUUCCCAAUGCAAAUCAAAAUCAAAAUUAGUUCAACCACCUCUCUCCACCGUCACAACCACCACGCGCCACCACCAUCACCGCCACCCACGUCGUUCCCGGCAGCCCCCCGUUUGACUCCGCCUGGUUUCCGAAACGUUUCGUCCUCUGCCUAUAAACCCCGUUUGAAUGGUAAAAGCUCCUUUCUCGUUAUAUUCGUAAAAAUCCGUUAGUUGUGUCUCCCGAAUUAGGGGUUUUGUAGACUCCAUCUUCUCGAUCAGUCAAAUUUACUGUGCGAUCGCUUGGCUUGUUACUCGUGUAAGAUAAGUUAUUAGGGUUUCGUAUGAUUUUAGUGUAGUGGAGAUAGCUAAACAAUGAAGCAACAGAAGAGGAAGAAGAGAUCGAAAGCGACGAAAAGCGAUGGGGUUGGUAAAGGUGCAGGGGAUAAGAAAGAUGAGCGGAAGGUUCUAGAAACUUUAUUGGAAGCUUCUAUUUCUGUUCAAGCGGAAGCUAAUGAGGACCUGAAUAAGGAUGCUGAGAUCGUUGGAAAUCUGGCGGAGAGUGCGGAGGAGCGGAGCACAACAUCAUCGUGCUGGAAUGUAGGUUCGAGCUCUUGUACGAGUACUUCUGAGGUGUCUGUAGAGGAUCAAUGUUUUCAGGAUGGGGUGAGGCAGAAGAGUAAGAUGAAAAAGGUUGUUGCUUCUGCUGGGACGGUGUCAUCCUUGUUGGGGAAAGACUACAUGAUGUCGGUUCCUAAGAAGAGUUCAUCCAGAUUGAAGGGUUGUUCUAAUGGUGAAUUUUUCAGUAAGGAAGAUGCAGAGCAAUUCUUAUGCUCAAUGCUUGGAGAUGAGUGCCAGUUGAGCUUAGCUGUAGUUAGUGAUGUGUUCUGUCAGUGUGGAUAUGAUAUACAUAAGGCUCUAAAUAUAUUGCUUGAACUGUCAGCAUCCUCAAAUGAGCAACCAAAAGACAAUAGAGUAGAUGCCCCAUUGCAUACUGAAUUAAAUGACAAUUUCACUGACAAGGCUUAUGAUUCUUCUUCUCUUUCAUCUGAAAGUGAUUUUCCAGACAGUAUAUGGAAUACAGGGAACUCUUACAGGAAUCGGCUAAAAUUUAAUGCUGGUAUUGAUGAGCAUUCUUCACCAACACCAAAAAUUUCAGAGUCACAACUCACAGAGGAUGUUUUGAAAUCUUUGUUUAAUAUGCCUACACCCAAGAGUGCUGAACAUGAACCAAAUACUAUGAACUGGAGGAAUGUAGUAACUAAAAUGGCAUCCUUCAGACCAAAACCUGAGUCUUCCCCUGGCAAGAGUGUAGCAGAUCUUUAUGACCCUGCUAAGGGAGAUGACUACGAGGUAUUCAGACAAGCUUCAAAGAGUCAUUGGGAAUCUAUGAAAUUCUACUAUCAGAAGGCUACAUCAGCUUUUACCAAUGGCGAAAGGGGGUAUGCUGCUUAUCUCUCUGAACAGGGUAGCUCACAAAUCAGAAAGGCUCAAGAAGCUGACAAAAAAGCCAGCCUGGAUAUAUUUGAUGCUAGAAACAAGAGCAUAGAAAACGUGAUUACUAUUGACUUGCAUGGACAGCAUGUCAAACAAGCAAUGGAGUUUUUGAAACUGCACCUGCUAUUUGGGGCAUAUGUACGCUCUGUGCGAUCAUUUAAGGUUAUCACUGGAUGUGGGAGCCAUGGUGUUGGGAAGUCUAAGCUGAAAACCUCGGUAAUCAAUCUAUUGGAUAAAGAAGGUAUUGAAUGGAGAGAGGAAAACAGGGGAGCAUUGCUCAUCAAGCUUCAUGGGCAAACGAAUUUCAGCUUCGUAGAUUCUGACAGCGAUAGCGAUGACUGAGUAUUCACAACCAUUUAGGUUUCUUAUCAGGGGCAGCUAAUAUAUAUUAGUUCCUGACUUCUGUAUGAUUUAUAAUAGUUAGCAUCUCUAGAUUGUAACCCUUGUUUGUAACUCUAGAUGCUUGAGUUAUGAUACUCUGCCCUAUGUACAGCUGCUUGACAUAGGUUCCCCUGGGAAGCAGAGCGGAGACUCUUGACUUCUUCCCGGUAAAGAGGUAUUUUGUAAUGAUCGUGCCUCAUGUUGUAUCUUAGGCCGACCACAUUAAACACAGAUUGAUAUUUUACUUCAUUCGACUUUUGUUCAUGCAAUAUGAGCUUAUGAC